AUGAAUGGCGUGGCGAGGGUGGUGAGGAUCGUCGACGACUCGCUGGAGGGUCGUUGCGCGCCGCUGUUUCCCUGCGCGUGGUUUGACAGGAGUUGGUUUGGCACUGCCGGACGAGCGCGUUUGCGAAGGGGGUGCUACGUACGGUUGAAGGUGUGCGAGGGAGGGACGGGGGGGGAGCGAACUCACGUGGUGAGGGCGACGGAGUACAGAGAGAGCGAUAGGGUUUUGGGCGGGGGGUGGUUGGCGUGGCGAGGAGGAGAGACGUGCGCGAUAUCGGAGUUGGCGGCGAAGUGUUUGGGGGUUCGGGGGGUCGAGAGCGUGGACGUGGAGGUGGUGGGGGUGGUGUCGUCGGACGGGGGGGGAGAGAUUGAGGAGAUGGAGUGCGUGUGGGAAGGUCGGUCGGGAGGUGGUGACGGGGCGUGUUUCAGCGAGAGGAGUUUGGAUUGUUUGAGUGGGUUGCUGACUGGUCGGGUGGUGGUGCAGCGCGGGACGUGGCUCGCGGUGAGUUGGUUGAACCGGAUUCAGCACGUGUACGUGGAUCGUUUGAAGUUGGCGGGAGACGAAGUGGAUGCGGGCGUGCUGGUCGUGAGGAGGAGCACGAGGGUGAAGUGGAGGGUUCGGGUCGGCGAGGCGGAGCCGCGCGUGUCUGCGGACUGGUUGGAGGCGUGGCGCAGGAGGGUGAAGGAGGGGGUAGUGGGGUUAGAUGGGGUGAUAGACGAGGUGACACAGGGUAUGUGUGAUUUGAUGAGUGAGUCGUUGAAGGGGGAGCGCGAGGGCGAUUGGCUGGUUCGCGGUUACGUUUUUCACGGUGGUGUCGGGACGGGGAAGAGUGAAUUGGCCGUGCGUUUGGCUAGGAGUUCUGGUUUGAAUUGGAGGGUCGUGAAUCUUUCCUCGUUGAAGUAUUGGAAGUCUGGUCAGGGCGUGAAGGAUAUUUUUGCCGAGGCGGUUGAGGGAGCGCCUUUUUUGUUGAUAUUUGAGGAUUUUAGGGUCGGUGGGAGCGAUUGCGAUUUGAGCGAGAGGUGGUUGUUGUCAGUGAUGAUGAGGGAGUUGGAUGCACUUCGAGCGUUGGCCAGGCCGGUGAUGGUGAUAGUGAUUUGUUCGUCUUUGGGUGACGUUGGUUCGUCGCUGUUUUCCCCCGGGAGGUUGGAGAGGGAGUACGAGUUUUCCGCGUUGUCUGCGGAGGGGCGUGAGUCGUUGUUGGCGCUGCGCACCGAGUGUUGGAGGUUUGAGAGCGAGGAGGAGAGGAAGAGGAUAUGUCGGUUCGUCGCUUCGAGGACGUCGGGGUUUGUGGGUGCGGACUUAGAUGGUUUGUGUGCGCGCGUUUUUUUGAAGGUGUUGGCCGAAUCGAGUGACGGCGAGGGUUUUGCGAGGUUGGUUUGCGCUUCGGACUUUGAGGGUGCGUUGUGUCUGCCGGGAGUUUUGGGGCACUCUGAGGGGCGGGAGGAGGUUCGUUUCGAUGAGCUGGGGGGUUUGGACGACGUUAUAGAGGAGCUGAGGUGUUCGACUGUUUUGUCUGAGUCAGUGAAGUCUUCGCGCGGGAUUUUGCUAUAUGGUCCGUCUGGAACUGGAAAGUCCAGGUUGGUCAUGGCUCUUGCGACGGAGCUUAAGUUCAACUUCGUUUUUGUCCGCGCCGCCAGUUUGAUCUCGAGCUAUGUUGGCGUUGGAGAGCAGGCGGCUAGUCGCCUUUUCGCGGACGCGAGGGCGAGCGCGCCUUGUAUCAUUUACGUUGACCAAUUGGAGCAGCUCGCUGCGGUUCGGAGUGAGGCCCACGCGGAGCAGCUCACGUCGCUGUUGUUGACGGAGAUGGACGGAUUUCUGACCCAUUCGGAUCGCCAGUUGCUCUUUAUUGGUUCCACCACGCGGCCGGACCUGCUGGAUCCUGCCAUUUUGAGACCUGGCAGAUUGGAUCUCGUUUUGUUUGUCCCUCCGCCGAAGGCUUGUCAGAGACUGUCCAUCGUGCGUGUGCUGCUCCGGCGUUUUCCGUCCGUGCAGCUCACCGCGGACCAGUGUUCGGUUUUGGCCGAGAGGACCAAGUGCUACACCGGCGCCGACCUGCAGAGUCUCUUCACGGAGGCCAUUCUAGCCUCUCUGAGGGAGGACAUUGACGCGCGCCGAGUAGAGUGGCGCCACGUCUGGUACGCGUUGUCCGCGACUCGGCCCUCGGUGGAUCUCUCUUCGAUAGUGCAUCCUCUCAACAGGCCUCCGGGCGCGUCGCUGGAAGACUACGAUUAG